AGACGCUGAGGGCUCACCAACCUUCUUCUCAACUCGAACUGAAACAGUUUCAAACUCCAACAUUCCCUAAAUAUAGAAAAUCAAAGAAACAAAUCCUCGUCGUAACCAAAAUCCAUAAUUGUGAUGUUUUUCUGGUAGAAACACAGGGAAUUUGGCCUAUAAUGGUUUUCCAAUUCACUCUGUUUUCCCCUGUUCUUGAAACAGAGGAGGUGAAAAUAGAGAAUUAGGCCUAGUUUUUUCGAAUGAGAUGCGAUUCCCAAUCCCAAAACUUCGUUGUUCAACAUGGGUUUUCCUCAUAAUCUUUGUCUUCUUCUUCUUCUCCACUUCCAAAUCAGAUCCUCGAAUCUACGAAGCCGGUCAGUUCUGCGGAAAUUCCACCCACACCUCUGACAGCAACUUCAUUCCCAACUUCAUAGACGCCAUGGAAUCCAUCUCCAACAGUGUCAACGAGAAACAAUGGGGAGAAUACAGCGUCACCUCACCGGCUCCAAAACUAUACGCCUUUGCGCAAUGCCAUUCCGAUCUCUCCCCAAAAGACUGCUCUACUUGUUUCGCAAUUUCGAGAACCAAGCUCCCCAAAUGCCUCCCUUCAACCUCAGCUCGCAUCUACCUCGACGGUUGCUUCCUCGCUUACGAUGACCAUGACUUUUCGGGCCAGGCCCUCGACGAAAAUCACAGGAAUGUGAAAUGUGGGAGUCCAGUCGAUUUUUCGAAAGAUAAUUACAUGAAGGAGGGGUUUCACCUCAAGGUAAGGGAUGUGAUUGGUAACUUGACGAAGAAGGCUGAGGGGAAUGAAGGGUUUGCUGUGGUGGGGCAGAGAGGUGGAGUUGAAAGUGUUUAUGCAUUGGCCCAGUGCUGGAGGACCAUCAGCGAUAAAGGGUGUAGAGAUUGUUUGGAAGAAGCUGGGAAGAUUCUCGGGGGAUGCUUGCCUGGGAAGCAAGGUAGGGCUAUGCUGGCAGGGUGUUAUAUGAGGUACUCUACCGAGAGAUUUUAUGACAUGGAAGAAGAAGAAGCAAAUGGAAAUGCUGAUCUGUGGCAUGUUCUAGCUGUCAUUAUAGCUGGAAUGGUCAUUUCUGUUUUGGCUCUCUUUGGGUUUAUAAUGGCCUACCGGAAAUUACAAAAAAUGACAGGAGUGGACAAAUACUCAAUUGGGAUAUCAACUUCUCCACACAAGAACAGCUUGAAUUUCAAGUACGAAAUGCUGGAAAAGGCCACCGAUUACUUCAAUGCCUCGAGGACACUUGGCCAAGGCGGAGCUGGUUCCGUAUUCAAGGGAACUCUUCCGGAUGGGAGCAAUGUAGCAGUUAAAAGACUCUUCUUGAACACAAGGCAAUGGGUGGAUAACUUCUUCAAUGAAGUAAACCUCAUAAGUGGUAUACGACACAAGAACCUUGUUAGGCUUUUGGGUUGCAGCAUUGAAGGUCCAGAAAGCCUUCUAGUCUAUGAAUAUGUACCCAACAAAAGCCUUGAUCAAAUCCUUUUUGGUAGGGGCACUGAGCAAGUUUUAAGUUGGCAACAGAGAUUUAACAUCAUUUCUGGAAUUGCUGAGGGGCUUGUGUAUCUCCAUGAAAGUUGCGGCGAGAAAAUUAUUCACAGGGACAUAAAAUCCAGCAACAUUCUCCUUGAUGAGAAUCUUACUCCAAAGAUUGCUGAUUUUGGACUUGCGCGCUGUGUUGGUCCUGAUAAGUCUCAUCUUAGCACAGGAAUUGCAGGCACAUUAGGUUAUAUGGCUCCUGAAUAUCUUGUUCGAGGACAACUAACCGAUAAGGCUGAUGUUUAUGUUAGUGUGCUUGUUCUCGAGAUUGUAUGUGGCAGGAAGAACCAUGUUUUCAUCGAGGGUUCACACUCAGUUCUUUAUUCUGUUUAUAAGCACUAUAGGGCCAAUACUAUUACUGAAUCUGUUGAUGCCAUGUUGAAAGGUGAGUACUCCGAAAGAGAGGCGUCAAAUGUACUUCAAAUUGGGCUUCUGUGCACGCAAGCUUCUCUUGCACUGAGACCAUCCAUGUCCGAGGUAGUUCACAUGCUGACCGAUAAAGAAUGUAGCAUUCCUUCACCGAAACAGCCUCCAUUCUUGAAUGCCAGCAUACUUAAUUCGGAUUCCUCUAGAUCUACAUUGAGCUAUUUGUCGAAAGAGGGAGGAGAGUCUCUAAAGUCCGCCGAUCUGGCCAGCUUGGAAUCAAAUUGUAUUCAAACAAUGGAAGCAUCUGAACCAAGGUAGUAGCAUUGGAUGCAACUGUAUCUGUACAUGCAUGGUUUCUGUUCUGGUAAAUAAUGAAUGAGGAAACUUUGCAACACGUGUAUAGAAGGUUUUGUGAUAGUUAGGUCUAUAACUGCAUUUGUAUAGUUUCUCUUUUGUUGUAAAUCUCUUCCUAGAUGAUAUGCAAUGACCUAAAAAGGUCAUGUUUUCAGGUCUGGAAUUCUUC